AUGGAUUCGGAUUUGGAUAAAUGGAUAUCGAAUGUUAUAGACGACCCAGCUCUCGACGAGAAGGAGUUUGAGCUUCUAUGCUCUAAAAACGGCAAAACAUUUAGCAUCCAUAAACCAAAUGGAGCUGGAGCUGUCUUCUCUGCUACGAGGGAUGAUCCGAUGAGCCUUGUUAAGAUGACCCCACCUUCAAUCAAUCAAACCCCACCCGCACCUCCUGGGCCUGAUUUCAGUUCUAAGCCUAUAGAAGGUUGGAUCGAUUUAGAAAAUACAGCCAUUCCACAUCCUGCUCGGAGGGAAAAAAAAGACCAGCUAGCAGAUAAAGCUAUCUCACAAUCGAUUCUUGAGUGGCUUGCCGAGAGGAAUGAGCCGCAAAACCUGAUAAUAUUCAGUGCAGAUGUAGGUUUUGGUGCUAUGUUAGAUAGGGCUGGUGCAAUUGCGGUUGUUAGGGCUUUCAUGAUUUGUGAAUUUUGUGAGCUUGGGUUUCUGGGUUUUGAAUUGUUCAAACUCACUCAUUGUUUGCUGUUUUUUUUUGUUUUUCUUCAUUUUCCAUAUGCGGAUUUCUUCUGGAAUGCUCAAAUUGCUGAUUUUGGUACAGUACUUGCUGGACUCGCCUUCAUGUUUUCUUCUAGUAUCCUCCUACAGAUUGUGGCGUGCGCGAUAUAUAGUAACUGGUGGCCAAUGCUAUCAGCACUCAUGUAUGUGGUUGUGCCAAUGCCGUGUAUGUUCUUUGGAGGAGGCUCAACCCAAUUCCUUAUUAGUCGAGAUGGUGGAGGGUGGAUAGAUGCAGCUAAGUUCUUGACAGGAGCAUCGACCGUGGGGAGCUUGGCGAUCCCAAUCAUAUUAAGGCAUGCACAGAUGAUCGAGACCGGUGCAAUGCUCAUUGAGUUCACAUCCUUCUUCAUAUUCAUUUGCACCGUCAUGUGUUUUCACCGGGCUAGCCUCGAUGAUGAUUGGGUAAGAAAGAGAAACCCUCUCAACCUUCUCUUUACAGUCACCGGCGAUCAGGUCAAGAGUAGAUCUCCGGUUAUCACAACUUUUUUCAGUCAAAGACAUUGCCAUGAUAGACAUCAAAGCCCAAGAUUUCCUGGACUUGUCUUGAUGUUUUCAUCUACUAUCUUCCUUCAGAUCCUGGCGUGCGCCAUAUAUAGUAACUGGUGGCCAAUGCUAUCAGCGGUCAUGUAUGCGGUUGGGGUUGUGGCUGUGGCUAUGCCUUGUGUUCUCCUUGGACGAGGAUGCUCAAACCAAUCCCUAACUGAUCCAGACGGUAUAGGGAUAGGGUGGAUGGAAGCAGCUGAGAUGUUGGAAAAAAGGGAAAGAAAAGGUGCAGCUAAGUUCUUGACCGGAGCAUGUACCGUGGGAGGCCUCGCGAUACCGAUCAUAUUAAGGCACGCGCAAAUGAUCGAGACCGGUGCAAUGCUCAUAGGCUUCACAUCCUUCUUCAUAUUCAUUUGCACUCUCAUGUGUUUUCACUGGGCUAGCCUCGGUGAUGAUUCUUAG